GCCCCGGUGCCCGGCGGGUCCGCCGCCGCUGCCAGGGGCCGCCCGGGACAGCAGCACCUUCGGGCCGCCACGGCUGGGACCAGGGAGAGUAUGAGCUGACAUAACUAGAGCUAUUGUUGAAGCCUGCUCCCUCCUCUGUGGCAAGAUGCACCUUUAGAAGGGAAUAGAGAGGAAGCUGAACCAGAAUUUUUCUAAUCUACAACGUGAAGUAUAAAAUACUACACACCAAGUUCAUGUUUCUCACAGUAGCUACAUGUCUGAGUGAGUUAUGGCAAAGCAUGAAGAAGGAAGAGCAGAAGUUGGGAUUUCUGAGAAGAAACCAACAGAUAGUAACAAUUUCAAGAUGUCAGGUGGUGCAAAAAUCCCGUUCAACAUAAUUGAUACUGCUCUUUCUUCGUUGAAGAACUCCCAGUCCUUCAUCAACUCUGGAAUGGAUAUUGCUACUAAGACUGCCUUAGACCUUGUGGAAAGUUUCAAUGAUGAAGAGGAUGUUAACAGUAUGGAAAAAGUCAUGUUAGAAUUUGCUGCAAUGGACAGAUCUCUUAAUAAUUAUAUAAGAGCAUUUGAGGAAACAGUAAAUCAGGUAAAACGAGAAAAACCAGAAAUUAUACCAGAUUUAGAAAACUUGGUGCAAGAAAAAUUAACUACAAUUGAGAAUAAGAACAGUGACUCAGAUUUAAAAAGCAAUGAAAAAUACGUGUAUUUUAUGGAUCAACUUAAAGAGAUGAAAAAACAAUUUCGUCAGAUAUCAGAUGAUGAUGAUGAGACCAUUGAACAAAUCGAUGAAGAUAUAGCUGUGACUCGGAGUCAGAUGAACUUUAUUUGUCCCAUUACACAGAUGGAAAUGAGGAGGCCGGUGCGAAACAAGGUCUGUGGACAUACUUAUGAAGAAGAGGCCAUUGUAGAAAUUAUCCAGUCUCGAAAGCAGAGAAAGAAAAAAGUCCGAUGCCCUAAAAUGGGCUGUAGCCAUGAUGAUGUAAAAAGAUCAGAUCUUGUGCCAGAUGAAGCACUUAAAAGAGUGAUUGACAGUCAGAAUAAAUAAAGCUGGUCAACAUUGGACGAGUGAACUGGAUACCUACUGCCACAAAGAAAAUUUGUUAUUGGAGGUCUUGUGAGAUAAGCUGCUGAUUAUAUGUAGGUUGUGAGACUGAUUGUUAUUUUUUAAGUGUUGUGUUUAAUUUAUAGGCCAAUCAUUGUUAAGUGUUUCAUUUAUAGGCAAAGUUGAAGGCCUCAACUCUAACUGAAAGCAUUUUUUGAACUAAUGAAUGUAAGGAAUUCCAUUUUGUUUGGAGUAUUUUGACCUUCCUGAAUUUCUAAACCACUUGCAUUUUAUAAAUAAAACAUGCUUUGCAGCAUUUAA